AUGACUCUAAAUGAAAGGAUCGCCUCCGAAACCACCAGACUUAGGAGUCUGUUACAAACCUACCAAACCUUUCUGAACUCUCAGGUUGCAAGUAGCACUGGAUUGUUGAAGGAAUUUUACCAAGAUGAAGCCUUUCUCAACGAAGCUGCCUUGUUGAAUUUGGAUCUACUGGUAGAGCAGCUGGUCACAGACCCCUCCAAGACUGUUACAUACAGAGAACUGAUUGAUAAAAUCGAAGAACUUAUUCUAGAAACAGCUGGCUUGCCCGCUCGUAAAAGACGAAGUGCUUUAUUCAAAUCUGAACUCGGGCUGGGAGAAGAGUUGAACAUUAGUGAUAGACGCAGCGCAUCAUCCGAAGAGUCGCAAGAUAGAGAUAGACGCAGCGCAUCAUCAGAAGAGUCGCAAGAUAGAGAUAGACGCAGUGCAUCAUCCGAAGAGUCGCAAGAUAGAGAUAGACGCAGUGCUUCAUCAUCUUCAUCUUCAUCUUCGUCAUCAUCAGAAGAAUCCAUCGAGAUACCAGUCAUACCUGUGACCACUCCGGAACCAACAGUUCCAAUGACACUAGAUGAAAGAAUCGCCUCCGAAACCACCAGACUAAGAAGUCUGUUACAAACCUACCAAACCUUUCUGAACUCUCAGGUUGCAAGUAGCACUGGAUUGUUGAAGGAAUUUUACCAAGAUGAAGCCUUUCUCAACGAAGCUGCCUUGUUGAAUUUGGAUAUACUGGUAGAGCAGCUGGUCACAGACCCCUCCAAGACUGUUACAUACAGAGAACUGAUUGAUAAAAUCGAAGAACUUAUUCUAGAAACAGCUGGUUUACCUGCUCGAAAAAGACGAAGUGUCGUAUUCAAAUCUCUGUUGAACAUUCGGUGA